AUGUGCAAAAAGUUAACUAUUUUGAAAAAAUUUAACAUUUGCACUAAAUACAGGGCCUGCAUUUUCUGGGCAUGCAUCAAUAUAGUGGUGGGAAUAGCUUUUAUUCCUCUUGUGAUGGACUUUGUACGACGGGAAAAGCUGCCAGUUGCAGUACUUGUUGUUGGAUGCAUAUGUGGAGCAACCUUUAUUAUAUCUGGUUUUAUGCUGUUGAUUGGUGUCUUGAAGGGCUUUCGAUGCCUGGUUUGCUCAUCCAUAGUUUUCUGUGGUAUUGGUAUUUUCUUUCUACAAUGGUUAAUAAUACCUUUAGCACUUUAUUUUAUUUUCUCUUUCGUUGUGUACAACUUCUAUCAAGUGGAUAUGUGUUCUGAUGAUCGCUAUCGAGUGCCGCGACGCUUUUCAUAA